AUGAAGGUUCGAUUCCAAUUCUCCGGGAAUAUAUGGGCUCUUGCUAAUAAUCUGCAAUUCCAGAUAGGAUACGGGGGUGCUCGAUACAUCGACAUCAGGCGCCACCAAGACAUCUGCGAGUUGGCAAAGCCCUGCAACUGCCUCCCGCCCACCGCCCUUGUAGUGCCGCAAGGGACAGAGUACAGAUGCAGUCCGAUCCCGGCCAAGUUCUCGCCUCCCGUCGGGCCACGUCUCAUGAUGGAUUACUUCACGAACCCGGAUGACAUCCCGGCCGGCUCGACGUUGGUCCUGCAACAGCUUCCAAAGCGGACGUGCGGCCGCCUCUUGCCACAGCACACGGAGAUCGUCGAGGCGUGGGGGAUCUACUACAAGGAGGACUGGGACUGGGAGAAGAUUUGGUGGCUCCUGGGUCUCGCGUUCUUCCCCCCGAGUAUGCUGUUUGGGAUUCUCUGGGGGGUCUUGAAACAUGAUCUCCAGAGCGCUUUUGGGAUCGCCAGCUGGUGGAUGACGGGGGCGACGAUUAUUGUCGGCAUUGUCGGGACCAAGUCGUGGGCGCACUAA